CACGCGGAGCCGCCGUACUCGCGCGCGUUUCUCACCGACCGCAGACGGGAGCCGCUGCACGCGGACGGACGGGACACGCGGAGAGGAGGGCGCGCGCUCUCGCCCUCGUGCUCUUCCCGCUCGGAGGUUCGGCGAACGAGGGAGAAGAAAAGAGGCUCCGCAGCUCGAUCCGCUCAUCAUCGCCAUGCUGCUGGGUAGCCCUGGCCAAAACAGCCCCCUGCUGGCCUCCCUGCCCGUCCUGGGACGCCCCCUGCAGCCACAGCUGGACCUCAAGCGCUUCCUCCCCUUUCGUCUCGGCGGCUCCUCCCCCGUCAGCCUGUUCCCCAACUUCAACGCGAUGGACCCCGUGCAGAAGGCUGUGAUUAACCACACCUUUGGUGUACCGCAGCCCCUCAAAAAGAAGCAGAUCAUCUCUUGUAACAUUUGCCACCUCCGCUUCAACUCUACGAACCAGGCAGAGGCGCACUACAAGGGCCACAAGCACGCCCGCAAGCUGAAGGCUAUGGAAGCCCAGAAGAACAAGCAGCGGAACCUGGGUGCAUCUCUAGGGUGGGACAGAGAGCGGGACAGAGAGAGGGCGAAGGUGGGAGUCCCGGAGGCCUUGGCCCCGCUGAUGGAUGGCAUGGAGGGGACAAACCAGGAUCCAAAGUCGGAGCCCUCUAGGCUGAAGGAGAGCCCAGGGAGCUGCGUCGCGCUCACGCCUUCGCCAGACAGCUCAUCUUUGGAGGCGCCGACUACGGCGUCGCCCCGGGAGUCCCCGGCCUCGCACCCGUCGGAGUGCGCGUCGGACAGCGGCGCCGCCGAGGUUCCCGCUCCCGCUAUCGAGCCCGGCUCUCGGGGGCCCGCCGGAAGCGAGGGAGAGCCCCGCGCGGAGGGGGACAGGGACCCCAGAAAGCACAAACAGCACCUGCACUGCCCUGUGUGCAAAGUGACCGUCAACUCCUGCUCUCAGCUGGAGGCCCACAACAGUGGGUCGAAGCACAAGCUCAUGCUGGAGGGCCAGAGCGUUCAGCCCCGGCGCCGCAACAAGGUCGUGUCGUCUCGGGUGGCCUGCAAGACCAGACGCCUGGGCGGCAAGGGCAGCGUCCGCGGCCUCAGCAAGUCCUUCCACUGUGACCUGUGCGAGAUUAACGUCAACUCAGAGACUCAACUCAAGCAGCACAUCGGCAGCAGGAGGCACAAGGACCGUCUGGCAGGAAAACCUCCCAGGGCCAAGUUCAGCCCCUACAGCAAGGGCCCACAGAGCUCCCUCUUAGCGAGCGCUAGAAGGAGUGGCUCCACAAGCGGUGUGAUGUGCGCCGUGAAGAAAGUGUUCAGCCCCUACAGCCUCACCUCUCUUUGCCCUCAGACCAAACUGGCCCUGCAGAAGCAGCUGACCAAGGGCCUGACCGCCAGCUUCCUGCCGAGCCCGCUGAGUCCCGCCGCGCUGUGCACGAUGGCUGCCAACCCGCUGGCCCUGCGCCACCCAGCCGGAACCACGAGCCUCAUUCAGACCCCCUUGCUGAGCCCGGCGCUCUUUCGGCCUGCCCCGGGGCCCCUGAGGGCCACGCACGCCCCCAUCAUCUUCUCCCCGUACUAGCAGCCGGGCACCGAGGAGGAGCCGUGCGGCCGGGCGGAGGAGGACGCUCGAACUCGGAGGCACGCACGCGCACAUCCCAUCUCGCGGGCUUUGCUUGUACUCACCCUGUUACGUCAUACCUUGGAGGUGAUUCUCACACACUUCCUCUAGUUAAGCGAGCGAAACCUGUUGCGCGCGCCCUCGGUCCUCUCGCCAGCCAAUGGAGGCAAGACCUGCACAAGGCGCUCAUGUUGUGAUUAGAUGUUGCUAGAAGCGAACCUCCGUCCGCGGCCACAGCAGCGCCGAGGCCCAUCGGAUCCCUUUACUUGACGCCUGUGCGGUGAGGUGGCCGCUGGGGCAGAGCGGCGACCGCGGGCCGGCGAGCCAGCCGGCGUGCGUCCGGUGUGGGGGAUUGGGCCAGAGCCCUGCUACACGUUGCAGGGACACCAGUACCAGGACCAGCAAUCGAUGGGGCUCAGCCAAACAGCCACGCUCUUUGUCCAGCGGGCGGUCCGCGCGCACUCGCACCUCGACGCUCCCUUCCGUGCUAUGCGCCGCGCGCGUUUCCACCUGAUCUGAGUUCCGUUUGCAACUCGUUCCUACUAAAAGAGCCUCGGACGCAUCCGGCUGCCGACACUCCGCCUCCCCGACAGUAACACGUGGCUCGCGGAGAAUCUCUGUGUCGUAACGCAGGGAC